CAAGCGACAGCUUGGUAACUGACAGGGCAGUUUUACAGGAGGUUCAAAAAUAAUACUCAGACAGCGUGAAAAUGCCGUGUGGCAAAAAUUUCAGACGGAGAAGGGAUUCGUCGGACGACGAGGACGAAGAUCAUGGGACUACAGAAGAAGUUAGAUCGAAAGUAGAAGAGGCAAAAGAGCUACAGAGCUUGAGGAAACGACAGAGCGGAGUCAGUAUAACUGCCUUAUUGGUUGGAGAGAAACUCCCACCUGAAGCUGAAAUAGAUAAUGAUCCUUUCAAACUGAAGACUGGAGGGGUUGUAGACAUGAAGAAAGUGAAAGACAGGAACAGAGACAUGACGGAAGAUGAGACAGACCUGAACCUUGGCACAUCAUUCUCAGCGGAAACUAACAGAAGAGAUGAGGAUGCAGACAUGAUGAAAUAUAUUGAGACCGAGUUAAAAAAGAAGAAGGGCUUGGUGGAGGCUGAGGAGCAGAAAGUAAAGGUGAAAAAUGCAGAGGACCACCUGUACGAGCUGCCAGAGAGUAUCAGGGUCAACUCUGCCAAGAAGACGGAAGAGAUGUUGUCCAAUCAGAUGCUGAGCGGGAUCCCUGAAGUUGAUCUUGGCAUUGAUGCAAAGAUAAAAAAUAUUAUCCAGACAGAAGAAGCAAAAGCCAAACUCUUGGCAGAACAAAGGAACAAAAAGAAAGACCAGGGCACUUCUUUUGUCCCCACAAACAUUGCUGUAAAUUACGUCCAACACAACCGCUUCUACCAUGAGGAUGUGAAUGCACCACAGAGGCAUCACAGGCACAAAGAAGAACCCAAAGCUAGACCGCUGCGGGUGGGAGAUACAGAGAAACCUGGUCCAGAAGCGCCAUCACCACCCAACCACCGCAAACGUCCCAACAACGAAAAAGCCACAGAUGACUACCACUAUGAGAAGUUUAAGAAGAUGAAUCGAAGAUAUUAGCAUGGAAAUUCUCAACAUGUUGUCUUUCCUCGACACUGAGGUAUAAUGACAGCUCCUGGAUUUGGUUACCUACAGAGUAAUGAUGACAGUACAUUGACGGUGUUUUACCUUGUAGUUAUUGUAAAAAGCAUAUGUGGUUUGUCAGGCAUGUAAUGCUUUGUGCUGUCCCAUUAAAUUAGGCUCUUCAGAUUUAAAAACAAUUUCAAUAUUUUUCAAUAAAAGUGCUCAAAUAUCAAUAUCAUGGUUUUAACUUUUAAAAUAUUUGGUUGUUUUUUAAGUAACCAUUAGAAUUGUAAUCUACUUGCUCUGAUGCAAAAUUUGUGUGAAUACAUUUACACUUGUCAUGGAUUUGUAUUCAUUCAUUCCGAUUUGGCUGGUUGGAUGCUCAACGGUCCUUGAUAAACACCAUGUACAUAUUUACAGUAAUUAUGUUUUGUUUAUAUGCAUUCCUAAUUUUUAAUUUUCCUUUCAGGUAGUUCUCUGGAUUAGCCUGUGCCAUUUUAAACUAUUUUUACACGUUUUUAUGCACUGUGUUGUUUGCUAAUAUUAAUAAACAUUGGCCCUUUUA